AUGGCAUGGAAGACCAGCAGCCUAAUGCAAAUGUACAGAUUUCUUCUCUUAGUGAUUUUAUUUCUGCCACAUGAGAUGACAAGUUCUAUUUUAACUGUGAAUGGUAAAACUGAAAACUAUAUUCUGGACACUGAGCCUGGCCUCGAAGCAUCUCUGAACUGUGCUGUUCAAAACCAUACCAGAGAAGAAGAACUUCUCUGGUACCGCGAAGAUGGGAGAGUGGAUUUGAAAUCUGGAAACAAAAUCAACUCAAGCUCUGUCUGUGUCACUUCCAUCAGUGAAAAUGACAACGGCAUCACCUUUACCUGCAAGCUGAGGAGGAAUCAGUCGACGUCCAUCUCAGUGGUGCUGAAUGUCACUUUUCCUCCUCUCCUAAGUGGAAAGGACUUCCAAACAGCUGAGGAAGGCAGUGAUGUGAAGUUGGUUUGCAAUGUGAAAUCCAACCCCCAGGCUCAAAUGAUGUGGUACAAAAACAGUGGCUUCUUGAAUUUAGAGAAAAACCAUCACCAAAUCCAACAGACAAGUGAGUAUCUUCAACUGUCAAUCACCAAAGUCAAGAAAUCUGACAACGGAACCUACAGCUGUAUUGCAAAUUCACUUAUGGAAACGAAGACCAAGGACUUUCACCUUAUUGUCAAAGAUAAAGCUUCAUCUGUACCAAUAGAACCCAUUAUUGCUGCAUGUAUUGUGGUCUUUCUGACCUUGUUAUUUGGACUGAUUGCCAGAAGAAAAAGAAUAAUGAAGCUCUGCAUAAAGGAUAAAGAUCUUCAAAGCAGAACAGCUCUGUAA